AAACUCGGACAUGAGAGCCAACCGAACCAGCGUGUGUUUGCACAUGGUUUGCCUGCGUGUAUGUUGUUGUCAUGGCCGAAGCAGCAACGAAACCGAAGAAGGCAAAGGCUUUAUCGGAGGAGGCUAAGAAGAGAAAAAGGGAGAGGGAUAAUAUCAGAGCCCGGGCGAAGAUCCAUAUUGGCCCAGCGUUAGCUCGCUGGCGUCAGCUAAAGGAUGAGGAGGGGUGCCCGACCGAUGCUGACUUGGCCGUCUUGUUAUUGGACUCUUUUCUGUCCUCUUUCAGCCAUAUUGGUGCAGACGAGAUCGUCGUGCAGUUGGAAUGCCUGCUGCAGCUGUUCCAGAGGUGCUUUGAGUGCUGCAGCGCAUGCAGCAUCCGUAAGAGGCGUGAGGGAAGGGUCUUAAACGUGACGCAGAACUGCCAGCAGUGUCAAGCCAAUAGAAAGUGGAGAAGCCAUGAACCUGAACAGACCAUCAGAGACCCAGCAAGCAACCAAGAGGUUGUUGAGGAGACGGUGCUGUUGUCUUUUGGGGGCUCAGACACUGAAACUGACGAAGAAGUCGUAGAUCGCAUUAGGGUCACGGAAUCUGAGGAGAAGGAUGAAGUUCAAGUUCAGGACGCAUUAUGCCGUGAAGAAGACGAGGAAGUCAGAGGGCUCCAUCAUGCGAACAGUUCAAAGGACUCUUGCCACAUGAAGAUAGAGAAGGUUGUUGAAGAGACAGUGCUGUUGUCUUUUGGGGAUUCCGAGUCUGACGACGAAGAAGUCAAAUAUCGCAACCUAUUAAGCCAGUCAGAGGAAGAUCAAAUUAACCAAUCAGAGGAAGAAGUCAAAGGUCACCACCCACCAAACCAAACAUUUGUGGACGAGGGAUCUCUUGCUGACACCUCAGAGAAUUUGGGCCAUACGAGGGUUGAAAAGGUAAAUAAUUUUGUUAUCCACACACCUGGUGCCUCGAACAACAGAUUGAAUGACCAAGAGGAAGGUGACAAAAAUGACAGCCAUUCCUCUGUCUCUGGGGAUGAGAUGAUUGUUUACAGAAUAGAAGAAGAAAUGGAACAUGAGGAUGAAGUAGCUGAUCUGGAAGAAGACUACAUGGAGGGGCAGGACAGUGUUGAUGAUGAUUGGUAUCCAAGCUGUGAGGAAGUGGAGCAGUCCUCAGCAUCUGAAGAUAAGAAUUCCGAUGCUGAAUUUGUCCCUAGAGCAUUUAGGAAGUCAAAGCGUGGAUUCAAUCCUGAUGCAGAACCCAUCUUACCUCUGGUUUGGUGUUCUGUCUGUAGGUCCAGGUUUAAACACAGCUGCUUCAGACAGUGCCAUAGUCGACUCUAUGGCUGUUUCCAGUGUGGCAUUAAACCCAAGAAGAUAGACACCAGUGAUGCCAAUAAAGAGGUUACCCCAACUAACAACGGGGAAACCACCAACAAUUGCGUCCAGGAAUCUAUUUCCAGCAGGAACCAGGACACCUGCAGUGACCAGGGAACCAUAGGAUGUAACAACCAGGACAUGUCUAAUGAUGCCAACCAAGGACCUGGCUGUGGAUCAAAACAAUGGACAGCAACUGAUGGCAACCAAGAUGAUAGUGGAAGCAGUCAAGGGGUGACUACUACUGGAGGUCUCUUGGUUGCAGCUACCAAUAAAGUUAGAAGGCCAGGAGCUAGUUACAUUGACAUCCAAGGAUUAUACGAUACUGCGGCCAAUGAAAAUACCCAUGAGGAGUCCUCUAGCCUGAACACUGAAACAUUUCCAGAUGUCCAUUCUCAGGCUGUGCACAUUGAGGACCUGGCUGUCCAUUUUGAAAGUCUAACGGCCUUCCAAAGUCAUGCUCUAAAAUGCCACGGUAUUAGGCCUCCUCGUAAGCUCUGUGUGGACUGUGGGAAGUUCAUCACCAUGGUCAACAUGGUCGAUGGUGGACCCAGUCACAUCUGCGAAUACAAAGUAAAGCCCAUCGUCUGUCCCAACUGUGGCAAAAGGUUUGCCACUGAGAUUGGACUCCAAACACACAUCAAUCGAAUCCACAAUGAGAAGUACAUACUCACCUGCCGCUACUGCCUUAAGGCUUUUAAGUCCCCUGAAGACAAGGGGGAGCAUGAGGAGAGCCAUGUAGAAGAGCUGCUGAAGUACCACUGCCCUCACUGCUCCCUACGCUUUGCAGACCGCCCCAGUUGGUGCGCCCACAGGAAGAGCCAUUGGCCCAAUGGGAAGCACAUCUGUGAGGUCUGUAGUAAGGGCUUCCAUUCUCCUUGUGUGCUCAUUAGACACAUGGCUGUCCACACGGGACAGAGGCCCUACAGCUGUAAGCUGUGUGACCGCUCCUUCAACCAGCCAAGUCACCUCAAGUCCCACAUGCGCCUCCACACAGGGGAGAAACCCUUCAAGUGUCAGGACUGUGGGGAGUGCUUCAACCACAACGUCAGCCUCAAGAACCACAUCCAGCGCCACCAUGGACCAGGAGCUGAGGAGGGGAACAGCAGAAAAGGAGCAAAAGGAGGGAAAGGUAGAAUGAGAAGGAAAAAAAGAAACAGUUGAAAUUCUUCAUGCUACUGAGAUGUUCAGGACAAUACUGAGAAGUUUGAGGAAAGGCUGGCUUAUCUGUUCUGAGUUGUACUCCCGCUAAGAUGUCCUGGAAGAAAUGAAAGGGUGGCGCUUUCUGGAAUUUGGCCAAGAGAUCUACUGUGUAGCUGAGCCUCUGUCAAGGUUGGCAAUCCCUGUUGUGUUUGUAUGCAAGGCGAGACAUGUGUGCAGUUCCCUUGUCUGUUAGGAUGGUUUGGACUAAGAAUGGCAGCACAAGGUGUUCAGAGAUGAUGGCUACGGAAGGGCUGGGGGAGACCAUGUUCAUCAUGAAAAUACUAGUUUUGUAUUGUAAUAUUUUUUUCAGUAAAAAAAUACAUAUUUUCUAA